AGGAAUGUUCUAGUGGCAAGGCGAGGCAGUCAGUGAUGGAGCGAGCACUUUGCUGCACGGACGGCCCUCCUAGUGAAUAUCUCAGGUUAUACAGGCAUGACAAGUAGCUAUACAUGGGUUGGCUCGGACACGAUCAUAACUGGGAGAAACAAGAGCCAAAGGUCUCGUCCACUCAUCACUACGCGGAAGCCCUCUGUGAAUCUCGUCAGUCAUGGGCGGGCUAACAGGAUGGCUACUACUGCUGUGCCUUGUCACCGCGGGCAAAGCCAAUUUCAGUCCAACGAUUACCCAGUUUGUUUUCGAAGUGUGUGAGGAUGUUCCCAUAGGUUCACAUGCAUUCACUAUAGAAGCAACAGAUCCAGAUGGAGAUACCUUGACUUAUGCAAUAAAUGGGCCCAAUGCUGCAUUCUUUGAUGUUAAUUCAAACACUGGGGUGGUGACUGUGAAAGCUGCCCUAGAUAGAGAGCGUAACAUCACAAUGUCUGUCGGCGUUACUGUCGGAGAUGGUUUUAAUCUCACACCAGGAACAUUAACCAUAAUAUUAAAUGAUGCCAACGACAACAGCCCUGUAUUUCAGAAUUCUGCAUUUGACGUUUCAGUGCAAGAAAAUGUUGCUGUGGGAACGUCACUGUUCAUGUUUAUAGCGAAUGAUGAUGAUGAAGGAAAUGCUGGCGCUGUUAGAUACUCAAUAACUGAGGCAGUCCCACCGCAAGGAGCUGAAAUGUUUGAAAUCGGUGCCAUUUCCGGUGAACUGAAAUUAAAGGGACAGCUUAAUUACGUGCAGCAUUCCUUUUAUCGGCUCAAGGUCACUGCAAAUGACCUUGGAGGCUCUUGUGGUUCUGGGCCACAUGUUGUCCAGUCCAGCGAUGUUUUCUCCUUCAUCACAGUCGUGGAUGUCCCAGACCUUGACCCCGUUUUCAUCAGUGCUCCGUAUAUAGGAAGCGUUGAGGAGAAUUCCCCUGUGGACAAGUCUGUGUUAACAGUGACGGCCAUAGAUCAGGACAGGGGAAUCAAUGAUAAAAUCCUCUACUCCAUUCAAGACUCCACAGCUGAUGGCUUAUUCAAGAUCUCACAGGAUGACGGCAUCAUAUCUGUAUCAUCCGGGAUUGACAGAGAAGUCACUGGUGAUACAGUAACUCUGACUGUGAAGGCCACUGAGUCUCAAAUGAACGUCAACGGACAACCUGCCACCGCAACAGCAACCGUCCAGAUCAACAUCAUUGACGUCAACGACAACCCACCUCAGUUUUACAAGUGCGACAUGCCCUCCUCCUGUGUGAUUGCAACUCAGUUCACAGGCGAAGUCUUUGAACACUCAUUGGGGGCCAUUUCCAUUAACAUGACAGUCAAAGAUCCAGACAGAUUUGUGAAAACUAAACUGAGUUUGGAAGGACCGGAUAAAGAUGUGUUUUCUGUUUCACCCUCGGUUGCUGGAGCUGAAAGCGUCAUUCAGCUUCUUGUCAGCCAGCCUGGAAAUCUGGACUUUGAAGAAAAGCAACAAAUGAUUCUUCAGAUGAUCGCCGUAGAUGAGGACAAAACCACCUUCCAGGCCACGGCCACAGUUACAAUAAUCAUAAAGGACACCAAUGACAACAGCCCCACGUUCCCAAAGGACACAUACAAGUUGAAUGUGUCUGAACACUCGCAUGUUGGGACAGAGGUGGCCCUGGUCACGGCAGAAGAUCCUGACACAAUGGAUGCAGGCAAACUCACCUACAGUCUUCUACCACAGAGCAUACUGGAGUACUUUGAUGUUGAAAGCAGCACGGGGAAAGUCUACGUGAAAAAUCAGGCUUUGCUGGAUCGAGAGCUCAGAUCUCUCUUUUCAGCAACUUUGCAGGCCAGAGACACGGAUGGCAAUCCUGGCACCACGGUGCUGGAGAUUACUUUGACGGACAUUAAUGACCAAACACCAAUCAUCAACAGAGUGAUAUACAGAGAGUUCGUAGAUGAGGGUAGCCAGAUUGCAUUCCCUAUAGAGGCCACAGAUGGAGAUGAAGCUGGUACAGUUAACAGCGAGAUUGUGUUCAGUAUUAAAGAGAGCGCCCACAGCCACAAUUUCAGCAUUGACGCAAAAACCGGUAUGUUAAAAAACAGCGGGGAACUGGAUCGGGAGGUGUUGGAUCCAAAACUGAAUGGCAGAAUAGAGCUGACUGUAUUUGCCACUGACAAGGGGACACCCCCACUAAACAGCUCUGUCGAAGUAGUCAUCACCGUUGGGGACAUCAAUGACAACACCCCUAAGUUCAAAGAAGAGUCUUACAAUUUCUCUGUUAAAGAAGGAGAAAAAGGUGCAUCUGUGGGUUUUGUUCAUGCCAAAGAUCUGGAUCAAACAACCGAAUACAACCGCAUUUCCUUCAGUAUCAUCGACGGAAGCUUUGGCAGCUUCAUCGUUCGGUCCACUGCAGAUGAGGAGGGAUACAGGGGAAACAUCAUGGUGGACCCAGACAUCGAGCUUGACUACGAAUCAGCACGCAAGAAGUUCAUGUUGCGACUAGAAGCCGCAGAUCUGGAGCAGGAGAAAGCCUCAGUGAUGGUGGAGGUGCACGUGCUGGAUGUGAACGACGAACGGCCAGAGUUCGGGUCAAUCUCAGGCAUUAGUGUAAAAGAGAACACCACCAUUAUUGAGCCUGUUGGGAAGUUCAUAGCACUCGACAAAGACACCAACCAUUCACUAGUCUAUGAGCUGGAGUCUGUCAAAUGCAGUUGCAAUGGUACGGAAAAACCCUGCAGCUGGUUUACCCUUGACCCAAAUGGGGAUGUUAGAGUCAAUCAAAGCGAGACUGUGGAUUAUGAAGAAUGUGACAAGGCGGUGAUGGAGGUUCAGGUGGUGGACUUGUAUACAGAAAAGGGAGAGAGCAACAGCAUUGAACCAGGAAAAAUGGUGAUCAACAUUGAAGACAUAAACGACAACGCUCCACAAUUUAUUUACUCAGAUUCUGUAUUGGUUGUGGUGUCAGAAAGUGCGAGCAAAGGAACAUCAGUUGCUGGAGUCAAAGCUUCAGAUCGGGACUCUGGAUUAAACAGGCAGAUAAAUUUUAAAGUGACAGCAGUUCAAUUCGAAAACAUGGCCACAAACACUACAACCGACAUGAGGAUACCGUUUGAGGCCGUCACUACACAGCAAGGGGAUGACUAUGUGGGGAUUAUUCAAACUACCGAAGCGCUUGACCUGACUCUGAAAGGGAAAUAUUUGGUAACGGCAACUGCAACGGAUAGCGGCGGUCUCUCCUCCUCCACUGUCCUGGAGAUUUUUACUAUCGACGAAACCUUCAGAACUGAUCUUCAGUUCAGAACUCCAGAGCUUGAGGUUCAAAAUUCGCUUCCUGAGAUCACCAGGGCACUCACAACCGCCACCAGUGCUGCAGUUGAAGUUGUCGAUAUAAAACCGGUAUCUAGAGCAUCAAAGAAUGCUGUACAGACUGUCAUGCGGGCGUAUUUCAUCUAUCGAAAUGGAACAGCUCUCACUCGUCCUGAAGUGGAAAAUAAGCUUUCCAAUCCUAUACAUUUUGUUGUUCUAGAUGAAUUGGGCCUGAUUAAUAUUGGCAGUCCUACUGUCGUUGAAACAGAAUCGGAUCCUGUGAAAUAUGUUCUGCUGGGAAUGGUGGCAGGCCUCGUCAUUGUGCUGGCUGUGCUCACUACCUCGCUUCUCUGCACUCGCAGAAACUUCAGAAGGAAGCUGAAAGCAGCGAAUGCCAUGAAAUCUACAACUAUGCUGAAUUCUGACAACCAGAAAGGGGGUGCUGUGGUGCCUGGUACCAACAAGUAUACCAUGGAAGGUGCCAACCCAGUGCUAAACCUCAACAUCGACACAACUAUAGCCUUGGACUUGGAUUCAAACGAGGAGACCUCAGACUCAGACAAAGUCAGCCUCAACUCCCUGGACCUUGAAUACGGCAAAGAUGAUGACAAGAAGGGGAUCCUGUGGGACAACGAAGCUGAUGAGCCGCCCGUGUAUAACGAGCCUCUGGAAGCAGCGCUGGCCCAGCUGGGUCAGAAUAAGAAAAACAGCAAAACCAACACUAUGGUUGGCGUUAACAACCCAAUGUUUGACACAACAGAUCUGUAACGCAACCUUUGAAGUGUGUAACAUGGAUGGAAAACGAUCAUACAAACCAAAUCAAACAUAGUUAAUGCCUUCUGAGUAUGAAAAUGCAAAUAAAUGGGUCCAUGCCACAGGGUUGACACAAAAUCAAUGGCUUUAUUUAAACAUUUUCAGAAAACAAAAAAAAAAUAUGUAUAUAUAUAUAGCUGGAUUGGCUUUUGAAUCAAAUCAAAACAUUAGUUGUGGUUUUGGAUGUAGGUUCUAAGACAUAUAUGUACCUAGAGCUCCUAGGUUGCCUAUUUGAUCAGUUUUUCAGUGUUGCAGAUGUAGGAUGUAGGUAAUAGAUUCCUACUCAGAAAAGGGUGCAAUGGCAGAACAAAAUAAGGAAUAAUUAAAUAAAUAUUAGUAACACGUCUAACUUGUGAGAUGCAACCAUAAAAGCAGAAACUCUCUUCUAAAAAUGCAAAUUCCGACAAGCAUUGUUUUUUUUUUUUUUUACAGCAAAGCAUGCAAAAUGUUUUUCGUUGGAUAUAGAAUCACUUUAUUUCUGACAAUGUCUUAAGAAAUGCUGGCUUCGAUUUGCCUCAGAAUAAACUGGAUUGAAACUUAACACGCAAUAUUGAUAUUCCUCGCGACUGACGCUACAAAAUAAA